CACUGUUCAAGGUAAAACCUGGGCCAAGAUAUAAAGUGGUUUGUUCCCAUCCAGUUAGAUUCUCUAGGCAAGGAGCGACAGUAAAUACAAGGAAUCUCAUCAAAGUCCUACCCUUGAGUCUUGAUCCUACUCUCCUUAAUAUCUUCUUGAAACCAAGACUAGAUGAUUAACCUCAUUGCGAUCAACAAGUCAUCUUGGAAGAGCUGAAGAGUACCAAAAGUUCACAUAGAACUGUAUAACUUUGAUUAAGCAAAAAUCUGUCCAAAACUAUCAUAACAUCAUUCAGUAAGGACUCAAGUUAACUUUUACCGUUCCAGAAGAUGUAUGACAGUAGCCUAAAGUUGUGUGUCCUGGCUUGUGCAAGUCUGCUUUUCGCUUGGACUAAGGCUCAGGACACUACAGAUGUGCCUAUCACUACCCUGCCCACAAACGAGAGGGUGUGCAAGGAUCCCACUGUACUCAAAAGGAGGAUCGACGGGGAUGUAAGAGCAGCUUCUCCUUUCUAUGUGGUGGCAAUGACUAAAACUCCAGAAACUGAACAAAUUGACAAUAUUUGUUACACAUACUUUGAGAACAAUAACGUCUUUCUACAUAUCAUAUCUACAGUUUAUACAAAUGGCAGUUCCUCUCAAGUUGUAUUGUACAAGCACGAUAUUGACGGCAGACCAGGAGUAGCUGCAGCCACAGGUGACGACUGUACAUACCAUGACAUCACCUUGCCUGCCCUCUGUGAACAAACUGUCUUCCCUCUAUACAGAUGUUUUCUCUCCGGUGCUUGUUCCCAGCUGGACAUACGUCCAGUCCCGGGAGUGGACGUGAGGUUACUGGUCGCAGCCAACCCUAACCUCUCCGACUCUUGCCUGACUGAGAUAAAAUCUGCUAUGAAUCAAACCACCGCUCUAGACGGAAAUGACUUCACUGUCCUCCAACAAAAGCAGGACUAUCAAUGCAUUACAUCUUAUGAAAUGAAGAGCAUCAACUUCAAUCAAGCUCUUGGAUCUAAAUCUCUGUUGCAAUUGUAAUUUCCUUUGCCAAUAAUAGAAUAUUAGUUUUGAAAGGUU